AUGCUUCUUUCGUGUUUUAGGAUACGGAUUCUGGGUAAACCGAGAUCCUCUAUCAAGUCAAGCUUUCGGCUUUACAGUUCUGUUAAUCAUACAAAUGCACCCAGACGACCAUUGAUAACUUGGAAAAAAGCCCUACUGGGUGCCUCAGUGGCUGGCGGGGUUUACUGUUACACGGAUGAAACAACGCAUCUGGUUUUAAGACACCUGGCAGUGUCUUUGAAGCGAAUAAGCGUCGUGACGAGAGCUACAAUUCGGUGCAUGUGGUAUUACCAAAAAACGCUACAAAGCAGUUAUCCGUCCGAUGAAGAGCGUAAACAAGCGCUCAGCCAGUGUCACAAGACCUGUGCAGAGAUAACUUUGCAAGCGCUCGAGAAAAACGGCGGCAUUUUCAUUAAAUUGGGGCAGCAUAUAGGUGCCAUGACAUACCUGCUACCUCCAGAAUGGACCGAGACUAUGAUUCCGCUUCAGGAUAAAUGUCCACAAUCGACGUUGCAAGAAAUCGAUGCUAUGUUUCGCCAGGACUUAAAGAUGGGGCUAGAAGAUAUGUUCAGUUAUUUCGACGCAACGCCCAUUGGCGUUGCGUCGUUGGCACAGGUCCAUACGGCAGUGUUGAAAUCCACUGGGGAAAAAGUCGCCGUGAAAUGCCAGCAUCCUUCUUUGAAAGAGUUUGUACCUGUCGAUGUGCUAAUGACCCAAAGCGUUUUCAAUGCGCUGGACGUGGCUUUCCCUGAUUAUCCUUUGACGUGGCUAGCAGAUGAAUUGCAAAACUCAAUUUACGAUGAGCUUGAUUUCACGAAAGAAGCAGCAAAUGCGAGGAAAACUGCCGAGUACUUCGAAGAUUACAUAAAUGAGACUGCAUUGAUCAUACCGGCGGUUCUGACAGCCCACAAAAGGAUUCUGAUCAUGGAAUACAUUAGCGGGCACCGUCUUGACGAUUUGAAAUAUCUGGACGACAAUCACAUUUCACGCGCCGAGGUAUCUUCUUGUCUGUCACACAUCUUCAAUAACAUGAUUUUUACACCCAACGUGGGAUUGCACUGCGACCCCCAUGGUGGGAAUCUGGCUAUCCGGCAUUUGGAACAUUCUCGAGGUCAUCAUAAUUUUGAAAUCAUAUUGUUUGACCAUGGACUUUAUCGGUUCCCCACGACCCAAAUGAAAAGGGACUAUGCGAGAUUUUGGUUAGCGUUAUUGGAUAAAGACGAGGUCAAUAUGAAGAAAUAUGCCAUGCGAUUUGCCAAUAUCACUGAAGAACAGUUCCCGCUUUUUGCAGCUGCCAUCACUGGGAGAAGCAUAGACACGGCACUACAUGAAGACAUCAGGAAGCCACGCACAGACGAAGAAAUCAAAGUUAUGGCAAAAGCGUUGAUGCAAGGAUCAUUACUUGGAGAUCUAAUGGGAUUUUUAUCUAAAAUUCCCAAAGUUGUUUUACUUAUUCUUAAGACCAAUGACUUGACUAGACAUCUCGAUGAGUGCUUGCAGAAUCCGCUAGGUCAGGAAAGAACCUUCAUGAUUAUGACUCAGUAUUGUGCUCGAACUGUGUAUGACGAAGCACGUCAGAAAAUCAGCCAAAAGUUCAAGAGGUGGAGCUUCAAGUGGAUUGUUAACGAAAUUCUAGCCUGGUGGGAAUACGAGAAACGGAGGAACCAAUUGGUCGUGUAUGACAUGGCUUUGUGGUGCAGAAAUUAUUUUAAAGGUUAUUGA